AUGCAAGCAGCGAAAUUACUAUUCAAAUAAAUAGCUGAAGCAAUAAAGUAUCUUCAUGAACACAAUUAGUAAAUCAUGAUAAUAUAAUCUGUUCCAAUAAAUGAAUGUUGUAAAUUAAUUGAUUUUUCAACAUCACAUAUAGCUGAAAAUGAUAGUAUAUUUUUUUAUUGUGCUGAAAAACUCUAAGAUCUAGAGCAUCUGAAGUAUAAUUUUGUUUAAAUGAUGAUUAUUCACUAUUUAAACUUGAUAUAUGGUCAUUUGGAAUAUGUUUAUUUAUUUAUAUAUAUGAAAAAGUAUUUAUUUUACUUAUUAUUAGUUAUCUUUUUGUGGAUAAGGAGAUCUAGAAAUGGAUUUAUUAGCUAGAGAUUAACCAUUAUAAUUAGAAGUUUAGGAUGACUUAUUAAUAAAUCUAAUCAAUAGCUGUUAUGCAAAAAAAGCAUCAGAUAGACCAAUAGUAUAUUAAUAAAAAUUAGUUCAUGAAUGGUUUAAAAUGA